GCCGGCUCCUGCGGGCACUGGCGGACCGACGCUUUCGCCCCUGCUCCGCGCUGCCGGACCCGGGGACACCUGGCCAGGAGCACCCGGGCCCCAUUCAGGUGUGGGGCAGCAGGGAGGGAGACGCGGGCCGCAGGUGAGAGGGGGAUGCCAACAGCUGCGCCCCCAGGUAAGAACUUGGCGCCUGGGGGCUUGACACCCACACUGCAGAGGAGGUGUUUCAAAAGCUCAGUGGAAAAGCUGCAGGUUUCUGAAGAGUCAACUCCCAGGCAAAGAGAGUGGAGACCCCAGAUUUAUAGGAAAUGCACAGAUACGGCGUGGUUAUUCCUGUUCUUUCUCUUUUGGACUGGUUUGAUGUUCAUCAUGGGCUACUCGGUGGUGGCUGGAGCUGCAGGAAGACUCCUCUUUGGCUACGACAGCUUUGGCAACGUAUGUGGCAAGAAGAACUCCCCGGUGGAAGGGGCCCCUCUGUCAGGACAGGACAUGACCCUAAAAACAUACAUGUUCUUUAUGAAUUCCUGCAACCCAGAAAUCAAAGGUAAGAGGCUUGGUUCCACUGCCCUCUGUGUGUCCAGCUGUCCUGAAGAGCAACUCAGCACCCUAGAAGAGGUCCAGCUCUUUGCAGACACCAAUGGGUCUUUCCUAUGUGUCUAUAGUUUGAAUUCCUUCAACUACACACAGAGUCCAAAUGCAGAUUCAUUGUGUCCCAGGCUACCAGUUCCUCCAAGCAAGUCCUUUCCCUUGUUUAACCGGUGCAUCCCUCAAACACCUGAGUGCUAUUCCAUGUUUGCAUCUGCUUUGAUAAAUGAUGUUGACAUGCUCCAUCAAAUUCUAAGUGGAAUUAUGUCAGAAAGAGACACCAUCCUUGGCCUGUGUAUCCUUGCAUUAGCCUUGUCUUUGGCCAUGAUGUUCAUCUUCCGAUUCAUCACCACUCUUCUGGUUCACAUUAUCAUUUCAUUGGUUAUUUUGGGAUUGUUGUUUGUCUGCGGUGUCUUAUGGUGGCUGUAUUAUGACUAUACCACUGACCUCAGCAUAGAAUUGGACACAGAAAGGGAAAAUAUGAAGUGUGUGCUGGGGUUUGCUAUUGUAUCUACAAUUAUCACGGCAAUUCUACUCGUCUUGAUUUUUGUCUUCAGAAAGAGAAUAAAAUUGACAGUUGCGCUUUUCCAAGUCACAAACAAAGCCAUCAACAGCUCUCCUUUCCUGCUCUUCCAGCCAGUGUGGACGUUUGCCAUCCUCAUUUUCUUCUGGGUCCUCUGGGUGGCUGUGCUGCUGAGCCUGGGGACCGCUGGCAGUGCCCAGGUCAUCGAAGGUGGCCAAGUAGAAUUUACCCCUCUUUUGGGCAUCCGGUAUAUGUGGUGGUACCAUUUAAUAGGCCUCAUCUGGACUAGUGAAUUCAUCCUUGCAUGCCAGCAAAUGACUAUUGUGGGGGCGGUGGUGACUUGGUAUUUCAACAGAAAUAAAAAUGACCCUUCUGACCAUCCAAUCCUUUCAUCUCUCUCCAUUCUUCUCUGUUACCAUCAAGGAACAGUGGUGAAAGGGUCAUUUCUGAUCACUUUGGUGAGGAUUCCAAGAGUCAUUCUCAUAUACAUUCAUGACACUCUGAAGGACAAGCACAGUUCAUGGUCCAGGGGAAUGUUCAGAUGCUGCUGCUGUUUCUCAUGUCUUGCCAGACACUUGCACCAUCUCAACCAGACUGCCUCACUUGGCAAAGGUCUGGGGUAGGGAGAGCAUUUUCUAGCCUUGCAUUCAUCUAAGGAAUGAGACAGCUGAGGCUGAAUGACUUCAUCAGGGUGCAUCUUUCGUGGAUGGAGAAGGCCUCUCUGGGUGUGCCCCCUGUGCCUAUAUCUUGCCUCCAUCUAAGCAACAACAAAGAAACUUGGUGAAGUCCAAAGAACAAGAAGGCACUGAUCUCAUGUGGAACCCUGUCCCCGGUUACCAGCCUGGAGCUUGGCCAAAGCAGACCUUCCAUACAUGCCUGUGGAUUGAGGAUGAGUACAAGGGUAUAUAUUGCCUCAACACAUCCCUGGCUUGAUGCUAUACACAGCUUUUAGCAUCUGCUAAGAGUAGCAGGAAAGCAAUAAAGAAAAAGGAAAUACUAAGUCAAAAGAGCGGCCUUUUCUUGUUGAGGCUGCUCUAAUCACACCUAGAACUGACUGCCAGGAAAACUGGCUUUCUGAGGGAAAAGUGCCAGCAGAGAGAGGGCCAAUGAGAGGGCCGAGUAUCAGCCUCCUGGGGCUCAGAAAGAACACAUCUGUCACACUGCAGAGCUGCAGUAAUCAAGACAAGAUGGUACUGGCAUAAGCAUAGAUAUAUUCCAGGUAGAUGUAUAGAUAUUUGGAACCAAAUAGCCCAGAAAUAAACCCUUCAUAUAUGGCCCAAAAAUACCAAGUCCCCAGGGACAAUCUCUUUAAAAAUGAUGUUGGGAAGACUGAGUAUCCACAUGCAGAUGAUUAUAAUGUACUCUUACCUCACACCAUGUACAAAAAUUAAUGCACAAGGAAUUAAAGACCUAAGAGAAAGGCCUAAAACUACAAAAGUCCUAGAAGAAAUCACUGAGGAAAAGUAUCAGGACACCAGAUUCGGCAGUGAUUUCUUGGAUGUAACACUAAAAGCACAGGCAACAAAAUAAAAAAAAAUAGACAAAUUGGACUACAUCAAACUAAGAACUUAUAUGUACCAGAGGAUGGAUAUACCAGAAUUUUUAAAGAAAUUCUAGAACUCAACAGUAAAAACAACCUAAUUUUUCCAUGGAUAAAGGACUUAAAGAGGUAUUUUUACAGAAAAGCUGCACAAAUGGCCAGUAAGCACAUGAAAACAUAUUCAACAUCACUAAUCCCAAGGUGUAUGUAAAUCAAAACCACAGGAUGUCACCUGACUCUAUCAGGAUAACCACUCUCAAAGGACAAGGAAAUAACAAGUGUUGUUGAAGGUAUGAAGCUGGAGUCCUGUGCACUGUUGGUACAACCAUUAUGGAACACACUAUAGAGAUUACUCAAAGAAUAAAAAUAAAACUAUCAUAUGAUCCAGUAAUUCCUCUUCUGGGUAUAUACAAGUGAGAGUCAACCUUUUAGAGACUGAGGGCCCAAACUGCAACCCAAACUCACUUAUUUAUCGAAGAGUGCCAUCACUGCCCCAUGUGUACUGUUAUCUGGUGCUUGGCUGCUGGGCAAUGCUGCAGUGACCUGGUUGUGUGCCAACAGAGAGGGCUCUGUGUGCCUGCUACAGCAUGCAUGCCAUAGGUGCACCACCAUUGGUAUAUACCCCAAAGAAUUUAAAGCAGAAUCAUUGCACAGUCUUUGCAAUAGCCAGGAAGUGGAAGCUUACCAAGUGUCUGUAUAUCAAACAAGAAUGGAUAAAGAAAAUGUGGUAUAUGUAUACAAUGGAAUAUCAUUCAGCCUUAAAAAUGGAAAUCUUUUUAUAUGCUAUAGCAGUGGUAGUGAACCUAUGGCAUGCAUGUUGCUGCUGACUGUUAUCAGUGAAAGCUCUAAAAGGUUUUUGCUAUCACUGUGUUAUAGCAUGGAUAAACCUUGAGAACAUAUCUGAAAUUAAAUAAGCCAGUUGCAAAAGGAUAAAUAUGAUUCCACUGAUAGGAAGUAACUAAAGUAGUUAAAAAAUCAUAGAAAGAUGGUUACCAAGGCCCAGGAAAUUAGUGUUUCCUGAGUAUAGAGUUUCACUGUUGCAAGAUGAAUUUUCCAUAGCUCUAUUGUACAACAAUGUGAAUAUUCUACUGGUCUCUACACUUAAAGUUGGUUAAGAUGAUAAAUUUAUUUUUAUUUUAUUUUGAGACAGGGUCUCGCUAUGUAGCUCAGCCUGGCU